UGUCUUUUCUGUGGUUCUCAGGGGCCGGGCAGCAGAUGGAAAGCUAGUUUGUGCUGUGUGUUUUUUAAUAUGAUAAUAUAUUCGGGGGGUGUGCUGUGGGGGUCUCUUACGCCUCUUGCAUUGUGUUGGUAUGGGAACGUGUCUGUGAUUUUCUGCAGACGUGACCGUCUUCAGUCGAAUGUUGACUUCUUGUGGGUUUAGAGUUCUGCGGUGAUGUGAAGUCAAGGCAAAGAGAAAGACGAGAGAGUGCGUGCGUACAGACCGACAGACAGACAGACAGAGAGAGUCGGAGGAAGAGCGAGAGAUAGAACAGACUGAAAACAAAGGAGGAGAAGCGUUGGAGAAGCAGGAGGUGGAUUUUUGUUGGUUUUGUGUAGAACAGCCAUGGAAACAUCAUAUGAUGACACUGAAGAUGAACGGCAGGAGAAACAAGGUUGUUUCGAUUGCUGUAUUAAAUGUCUGGGCGGUGUUCCGUACGCAUCGCUGGUCGCCACUAUCCUGUGCUUCUCAGGUGUGGCGCUCUUCUGCGGCUGCGGUCAUGUCGCCCUGUCGGGCACCGUCACCAUGCUGGAGAAUCACUUUUCCAAGAACACCAGCGAUCACGCCACGCUGACUUACAUAGUUGAGCUCAUAAACUACGUCAUCUACGGCAUCGCUUCCUUCUUCUUUCUGUACGGGAUCAUCCUGCUGGCCGAGGGAUUUUACACCACCAGCGCAGUCAAAGAACUCCACAGCGAGUUUAAGACCACCAUCUGUGGCCGCUGCAUCAGUGGAAUGUUCGUGUUUCUGACGUAUAUCCUGGGCAUCACCUGGCUCGGUGUCUUCGGCUUCUCUGCAGUACCUGUGUUUCUUUUCUACAACAUGCUGUCCACCUGCGCCGCCGUGAGCACACAGGUGGCUAACCAGACGUCUAUCUGUGUGGACAUGCGUCAGUACGGGAUUAUUCCAUGGAACGCAACUCCAGGCAAAGUUUGCGGCGACCACUCUGAAGAAAUCUGCAACUGCGAUGAGUUGUACCUGUCUUACCAACUGUAUAUAGUAGCGUGUGCAGGAGCAGGUGCCACAGUCAUCGCUCUGCUCAUCUACAUGAUGGUCACCACGUAUAACUUUGCUGUUUUGAAGUUUAAGAGUCGAGAAGACUGCUGCACAAAAUUUUAACUCGCAUCUCACUUAACUGAAAUGAACUAGAAUCCCUCACCUGAUGGACUAAACAAACCACAGCCAGUGUCAUGUGUAAAUAUAGAGAUCAUCAUCACCACACAGUGUUCUUUUAAAACUAUCAGAAGAUCAAUAAGAUCACAGGUCAGUGUUCUGGAAGUGUUUGUCGUCUUCAGUUCCUCCACAGAAACAUCAUCCACUUAAACUCCAUCAUGAUUGUAAAGCAGUGAACUCUCAUGAAGAUUUCUUUGAUUUGUGUUUGGAGGAAGUGAAGAAGAUUCACACUUCUGGAACUCGACUGUGACGCUCUACUGAGAGAAAUAAUGUUUUGAGAAAUGUGGCGGUGGAAACCUCCAGUGUUUACUUCUUUUAACCCCGUUUACACUUUUCGUUUCUUUGCUUUUCUCAUGAAUGUUGAUGUUUAGUUUGUUGACAUUGAGGACCGACUCGGUUAUAUGAUGUCAGUAUUCACACCUGAUGGAGUUUUCAUGUUUUAACUGCGGUUACGUACGUUUGCUACUGUUCUGUUAAACACACACACAUAGUGUUCCUGUCGGAUAAUAUAUGACCUUCUAAAUACAAGUAACAAGGUAAUAACAACAUAUUAUUCAUUUCUGUAGCUCUAUAGAUUCAUUUCAUUAAGUAUUUCAUUGAGUUAAUCUUGUGAUGUCAUGAAAAGACUCGCUCAUAACAGCGUCUGCUUCCGCUAUUAAUCAUGAAAAAUAAUAGAAAAGAACACACAGAUAGUGAACUCACACAUGUUUGUGCCAAACACCUCGCGUGUCCAUAUAUUUGCCCUUUUGUGAGUUUUCAGCUUCUUUUAGUGAGUUAGGGUGUACAGUAAAGAAUUAAACCCUGAAAAACUAAAUGACAGUGAUUUACCCCUUUAACCACGGGAAACACUGUGAAGCAUGACCUGACGUGCCUUAUUGCUUUAUUAUCAACUAGAUGUUCUAACUCUAAACUCUGAUUGGAUGAAAAACAUUUAAAUUUGUUUAAGUAAGGUAUAAUCCACGGCUAGCUGUGCAUUAAAGGAUUUUAGUGCACAACAUCGAUUUGAAGAAGUACAUUAAAAUCCUUGAAUGCACAGCUAGCCGGUGAUUAUCCAGCUUAUACCAUGGUUAUUUGGCAAGUCAAAGCUUUUAUUGAUGUUCACAGUAUAAUUUUAGAUCAAAUAGGUUAAAAUGAGGAUUAUUUUGUAAGGUUAUUUUAAAUGUAAUCAAACUGACUAAAGCGUUAAAUGCUUUUAAUGCACACCUUCCAGCCAAUCAGAAUCCAGUAUUCAAACAGACCAUGGUGUACAGGCAGUAAACACACACACACCUGUGAUCUGUGCACAAGUGUAUUAAAGUGACUUUGCUUAACAAAACUCAAACAACCUACAGAGAGAAACCCCUGAAUAAUCAAAUGUAAAACGGCAUCAAUCACAAUAAGGUGAAGCAUCAAAGAUGAAUAUUUAUGUUUAUAAAAGCAAUUAACGGCUUGAGGACUGUUGCAGUGAUUUCACCACGAUAAAGAGUGACGUUGAUAAUGAAAAUUCUGCAUUUACUUACUCACCCUCAAGUAGUUUAACAUCCCGAGGACCUCCGUUUUUCCCCAGAAUGCCCCAGAUUGUAACGCAAACAAACACACAAGUCACACAACGUGCAUCCGGGUUACAGCAUCGCUCGACGCAUGCGUGUUCUGACCACAUAGGCUCUAUACCAGACUGAACAUGCGUCAAGCGAUGCUGACAUCGGAUGACCGACGUGUAGCUCUCAGGAACGUGAGUUGGAAACUAUCACUCAAAUCAGGAACUUUUUGAAUAUAGUCCUUGGUUUUGUUUGUUUGCACACAAAAAGUAUCCUCGUCACAUUAUAUUCAUUUAUACUGAACCACCGGAGUCAAGCAGACUAUUUUACAAUGUGUUUAGGCACUUUCAGUGCUUUAAAGUUUGGUUGCGUUGCAAUCUGAGGAGCUUCCAAAACGACCUUAAUAUCUUUUUUUGGAAAUGGAGGUCAUGCAGAUGUUAAACUACUGAAGGGUGAGUGCUAAAUGGUGGAAGAUCCCCUUUGAGUGUGUUGUAGUCAGUAUGAGUGUCGACGUCGAGUGACAGAUGUCAGGUGUGUGUUAAUCUGCAUUUUGCUGCUUAUCCAAUCAGCAUUUAGAGGCGGGGCUCUGACUCACUUUGUGUUUACAUUGGUUCAGAUUCACUUGUGUUAAAUCCAGUGUCGGUGUUUUACAGCGUGUGUUUAAUGUUUAUAAUGUCACAUAUGUAUAGAUCUUCUAAUAUUGUUUUGAUGGAUGACGUGAUGCUGCUUAUAUUCCAGGAUCACAUGUGUGUUUGUACGAGAUCAGAAUUAACUUUACUUCACCUAAAGGUCAUUUCAUAUGACCGCAAGAUUUCAGUGGCUGUAGUUUCAUCUUUCUAUAAAAUAAAUAAAAAGAUACGUUGUGUA